AAUAUGUAAAUGUAGUCCGUCUAUCAUCGGUACAAAAUUGGUACAUCUGAAUUAUUUAUUGAAGACUGCAAACUAACACAUGUUUACCUACCAUUUCAUCAGCGGAAUCAGUUAUAAUUGGGGAGGCCGAAUCUAACGUCAGUAAAAAGGGUGGUAAGGUGUGUGUGUGUGUAAUUAAAAUAUGUAACCCGUUCGCUGUAUAACAAUAUUCAUGCGCCACUCCAGUUUGAACGAAAUUGUUAUCUUUCCAUUUGCAGCAUUCUUGCUUUUCAAAAUGCAUUCUUAACAUAAAUAUAUAAGGCUGUUUUAAAAAAAGAACACUUUUAAACACUUUGUUGCAAUGGAUCGUUGGGUUGGAAAAGUCGCUGUAGUGACUGGUGCUAGUGCCGGCAUUGGGGCUUCCAUCGCAGUAAAACUGGCCCAAACUGGCAUAAUAGUUGCUGGAUUUGCUAGAAGAAAAGAAGGAGUGGAGGAAUUCGCGAAAGGACUUCAAAGAACUAAUGGCAAACUUUAUGGGGUGAAAGUUGAUGUGUCAAAAGAGAAAGAGAUAAUCGAAGGAUUCAACUGGGUAAAAAAGAAUCUAGGACCCGUGCACAUUCUUAUCAAUAACGCUGGAAUCAUAAGAAAUAACACCCUGAUUGAUGGAAAUUUUGAACAGUGGAAAGAAAUUUUUGACACGAAUGUUUUGGGAUUGUGUCUGGCCACGAGAGAAGCUGUUAAAAACAUGAGAGAGAGCAACGUCAGUGGUCAUGUAAUUCACAUUAACAGCCGCUGUGGUCACAGGGUUCCUAACGUCCCAAAUGUCAACGUAUACCCCGCCAGCAAACAUGCGGUUACGGCUUUAGCAGAAACUUUAAGACAUGAGCUACAUCGAAAUAAUCUGAAUAUAAAAAUAACGAAUAUAAGUCCAGGUCACGUGGACACAGACAUAAUUGAAUUUGCAGGCUUUUCAAAAAGUACUACCUACAACGGUCGUAUUCCACUGAAAGUAGACGACGUUACAGAAAGCGUUUUGUACGCCCUGCGAACCCCUUCACAUGUGCAGGUGGCUGAAAUAACAUUGUUCCCUGUCACAGACGCAGUUUAGAUACGUCCAAAUACUGAAAAGACUAUUCUAAUUUAGUUCAUUUUUUGUUGCUGCCACCAGUUCUGUAUCCUUGAAAUAAAACCUUUGUGAACUAA